CUGCAGAAGAUGGGGUUAUGAGAUCAGUCUGGCAGGGGAAAGCUGGUCGCAGCCCACUCCAGGCCCUCUAUGAGAGUGACCAGUUUGAGCAGUCGUCGCUACAGGCAGUUCACCAGCAGAGACGGGAGCUGUUGAGCAACAUCUGCAACCGUUACACCCGCAAACGGCGUCUCCUGCACCCGGAUGACCUGCGGCACUUGGUGGUGGAUGACACGCACGGGCUCCUCUACUGCUACGUGCCCAAAGUGGCCUGCACUAACUGGAAGCGGGUGAUGAUGGUCCUGACGGGGCAAGGCAAGUACCGGGACCCACUGGAAAUCCCUGCCAACGAGGCGCACGUCUCGUCCAACCUGCGCACCCUCUCCGAGUACAGCAUCCCCGAGAUCAACCACCGCCUGCGCAGCUACCUCAAGUUCAUCUUCGUGCGGGAGCCCUUUGAGCGCCUGGUCUCAGCGUAUCGCAACAAGUUCACCCGCAGCUACAACACGGCCUUCCACAAGCGCUACGGCACCAAGAUCAUCCGGCGGCACCGGCAGGAGCCCAGCGACGCGGCGCUGGAGCGCGGCGACGACGUGCGCUUCGAGGAGUUCGUCUACUACCUGCUGGACCCACGGACACAGCGGGAGGAGCCAUUCAACGAGCACUGGGAGCGGGUGCAUUCGCUCUGCCACCCCUGCAUCGUGCACUAUGAUGUGGUGGGCAAGUACGAGACCUUGGCUGAAGAUGCCAACUACAUCCUCCAGCUGGUUGGGGCCGACACAAGCAUCAAGUUCCCGUCUUCGUCCAAGACCACCAGGACAACGGAUGACAUGACAGCCCAAUUCUUCCAGGACAUUAGCCCUUUCUACCAAAGGAGACUCUUUAAUUUAUACAAAAUGGACUACUUACUCUUCAACUACUCCAUCCCCUCGUACCUUCGCAUCCGAUGA